CACUCUUAUCUCUCGCUCUUUGGAUCUCAAAAUUAUGAAGAUUAUUACGAGAAAAAUCGUCCUACAUGCUUCGAUUCUUUCACUCCUAAUCUUUCAUCCAUGUUUCUUGAAGCUAAGACGAAGAAAAACGCCAUUAACAUUUGUAAAUGGCUUGUAUGUGGCUGGGUACAAAACCUGAGGCAUUUCGCCUUGAAGAUCAUACUUGGCAAUGUACAAGCGGGCUUCCAAGUGAUGUCACAAUUGAGAUUGGAGAAACGGCAUUUAAUCUCCACAAGUUUCCUUUGAUUGCAAGAAGUGGGCUACUGACCAAGCUGAUCGGAGACAAUCCUAAUGAAGAUGGGCUGGCUUGUGUUGUUCACCUUAAUGACAUACCUGGUGGAGUUAAAGCAUUUGAGCUUAUAGCCAAAUUUUGUUAUGGUGUAAAGUUAGAGAUAACAUCCCACAAUGUUAUCAGCCUUCGUUGUGCUGCAGAGUACCUCCAAAUGACCGAUGAUUAUGGAGCGGAAAACUUGAUCACACAAACAGAAAUAUUUUUGAAUGAAGUGUUUACCACUUGGUCGGAUACCAUGAAUGCUCUUGAAAGCUGUGAAGAAGUUCUUUCAGAUGCAGAAGAGCUUCACCUCAUUUCAAGGUGCAUCAAUUCUUUGGCAAUGAAAGCUUGUUCGGGUCCCAAUGCAUAUGACACCCGUGCCAUGUCAGCAGUGAAUAACAAUAAUAUCACAAAAAAUCCUAUAUUCUGGAAUGGGAUUUCUACCUCUGCUAAGCCACAGACAUUUGGUGAAAACUGGUGGUAUAAAGAUGUAUCUUUUCUUGGUUUACACCUGUAUAAACGAGUAAUUCUAGCUAUGAUGUCAGAAGGAAUGAAAGCUGAGACUAUAGCUGGGUCACUUGUUGGCUAUGUGACGAAAUAUAUACCCUUGAUGAAUAGGCAAUCAAGUUUCAACGACGCAAGCCAUUCUAAACCAGUUUCCACCCCAUCUGAGGCGGAUCAAAGGGUCCUUUUGGAAGAAAUUGUGGGGCUACUUCCUAACCGAAAAGGGAUUGUUGGUACUAAGUUUCUUAUAAGGCUCCUUCGUACUGCCAUGGUCUUACAUGUGAGUCCAUCGUGUAGGGAAAAUCUGGAGAAAAGGGUGGGAGCCCAGUUAGAUUCAGCUGUCGUAGAUGACUUGUUGAUACCCAAUCAAGGAUUCAAUUCAGUAGAUACCUUGUAUGACAUUGAUUGUUUUCAAAGAAUACUUGAUUAUUUCAUGUCUAUGGACUCGUGUAGCGCAGUAUGUUCUCCGUGUAUAGUAGAAGAGGGGUUGGAAGAUGGAGCUCAAUCUUUGACAACUAUGACAUCGGUGGCCAAUCUGGUUGAUGCUUAUCUUGCUGACGUGGCUGCAGAUGUUAAUUUGAAGUUUCCGAAAUUUCAAUCUCUUGCCGUUGCUGUCCCAGACUAUGCUCGGCCACACUCUGAUGGCAUUUAUCGUGCAGUUGAUAUCUAUUUAAAGGCACAUCUGUGGCUGACGGACUGCGAGCGUGAGCAAAUCUGCAGGCUGAUGAACAUCCAGAAGUUGUCAUUGGAAGCCAGCACUCAUGCAGCUCAGAACGAAAGGCUACCUCUUCGCGUGAUCGUGCAAAUCCUUUUCUUCGAACAAGUACGGCUGCGUACGUCAAUCGCUGGGUGGUUUUUCGUGUCAGAAAACGUGGAGGAUCAUGCAAACGACAGGGAAAUGGUUGGUUCGGCAUGUAUGGGUGAAAUGAGGGAGCGUGUUGUGGAGCUUGAAAGGGAGUGUGAGAACAUGAAGCUUGAGAUUCGGAAAUUGGUGAAAAAGAAGAGAAGUUGGAGCUUCUUUUGCAAGCGAAGAAGGCAUCGACGUUUGUAGUUUCAAAUUCCCUUCAAAAUUAUGAUGUGCGUAUACUAAAAUAUCAUAUAAAAUUCACUUAUCAUGAUGACUUUUAAACG